GGCAUUGACCACUGCGGCCGGGUCACACACGCUCGCAGGAGGGCCGUUGCAGACGGCGGUCGGCCUAUUUCGGGUGGGUCUGGUCGUCGCGGCAGGCGCCGACAUUGGCCAGGUACUCGCGGCGGUGCCGGCCGCCCCUAUAUAAGCGCGGUGCGCCGGUGUGUGCGCCGGCGGCGGUGCUCUCUCCCUCUCUCCCUCUGCCGGUGAGGAGCAGUGUGUCGGUGGCUGGCGGGGCGGCUGCAGCACGGGGUGACAGCAGCACCAGGGAGGCAGCGGCAGCGGCAGCAGCAGCGGCGCGUGCAGCGACAACAGCAACAGAGAUGGCCUACAGCUGGGAUAACCGGGUCAAGUUCGUCGUCCGGUAUAUGUACGACAUUGACAACAACGGCUACCUCGACAAGAACGACUUCGAGUGUCUGGCGGUGCGAACGUCGGUCAUUGAGAGCAAGGGCGAGGUGAAGCCAGAGAAGUAUGAACAGAACAGGAAGGUCAUGCGGAAUCUCUGGAAUGAGAUCGCUGACCUUGCAGACUUCAACAAGGACGGCGUCGUUUCGAUUGACGAAUUUAAAGCCGCCGUAAAAAAGGUUUGCGUUGGAAAGUCGUACAGCAACUUCCCUCAGGCCUUGAAGGCUUUCGUCGACAAAAUGUUCGCUUCAGUCGACCUGAAUGGUGACGGUCUGGUGGGUGUCGAGGAGUACCGGGUCGACUGCUGCAGUCGGCAGGCCUACAGCGACAUCAAGGAGAUCGACGACGCCUACAACAAACUCUGCAGCGCGGAGGACAAGAAGAAGGGCGGCAUCGACCUGAAGCGGUUCCAGGAGCUGUACGCCCAGUUCAUCGGCAACCCAGACGAGACGAUCGGCGCCGUCUACCUGUUCGGGCCGCUGCAGGAGCUCAACUGAGACCGCGGGCCGAGCCGAGGGACCGUCCCGGGGCCGCCGCCAGCACUGCCCGCCCAGCCCUCCUCACACAGCGGCGCCGACCGGACCCGGACUGACCCGACCGCGGAAGCUGUGGCGGCUGCGUCCUCUACUGGUCCGCAGACGGGCGCAGCAUGGCGCUCAGCUGCCCGCCGUCAAAACAUCUGUGACAUUUUACAUCACUUGGUAUCGCCAGUUUGUCCUACAGCCUCCCCGCGAGCGCACAAGAACUUGUCCCAUUUUGGAUUAGAUUAACCCAAAAUAAGAAUGGAAAUAAAGCCGAUAUGAUUUGAUCUAUAAAAUUAAGGGAAUAUAGCAGCAGCUAACUAUGUAAAUUGUCUCAGAUGGUCAGCCUAUCGACUCCUUCUGGGAGUGAUCAGCAUGCUUGCAGCGACAAUGUUUUCCACUCAACUAUUGAGUGCGGCUGUUCUGCCCCUUCCAGUCCUUGUGACUGUUAUGUACAUACCUAUUUAUGAAUGUAUCCCAUACGUGUUGUACAUGCUGAUAGGUCGACAGGCUUCUCUGACAACGUCGCUGCAUGCUCGAGUGAAGUCAAAUACAUGCUGCUCGGUCUGUGUGA